CGGGGUGCUCUGGAGGCAGCACGCACUGACCCCUGAACACUCAUUCAUUACGGCUUGCCUCGCGCUAGCCGUUGACUUGACUCGCUAACCUGCGCGCGCUAAGCGGUAAUUAGUCGAUAGUAACGCUACGAGGUGUAACGCGCGUGACUGGCCGUUAUAUUGGCUGCUGCGUGUUCAUGGAACUUCAGCGACACUUACGUGCAGGAACUAGGAACUAACGCCUCGUGUUAUGGGAGAGCUACGAAGGUCCGACGGGUGCUUGGCUGUCAACAACAAUGUCCGGGUAAAGCGAGCCCGCUGCGGCUUUGACAGCUGUCCGUCGCUACUGUAGCACCGAUCAACAUUAAUUUGAAUCAUGCCUGGGAAACUGAAGGCCAAAAUUGUGGCAGGGCGCCACUUGCCUGUGAUGGACAGAGCCAGUGAUCUUACUGAUGCUUUUGUAGAGGUCAAGUUUGGAAAUACCACUUUCAAAACUGAUGUCUGUCCCAAAUCUCUCAAUCCACAGUGGAACUCAGAAUGGUUCAAAUUUGAGGUUGAUGAUGAAGACUUGCAGGAUGAACCAUUGCAGAUCACAGUCUUGGACCACGACACCUACAGUGCUAAUGAUGCCAUAGGGAAAGUUUACAUUGACAUUGACCCUUUGCUGUACAGUGAGGCCGCCUCUGUCAUCUCUGGCUGGUUUCCCAUCUAUGAUACUAUUCAUGGUAUCCGAGGUGAAAUCAACAUUCUUGUCAAAGUGGAGCUGUUCAAUGAUUUAAACCGUUUCAGACAGUCCUCCUGUGGAGUCAAGUUUUUCUGCACAACAGCCAUUCCACGGUGCUACCGGGCAGCAAUGGUGCAUGGGUUUGUGGAGGAACUUGUGGUAAAUGAAGAUCCAGAGUACCAGUGGAUUGACCGUAUUAGAACACCGCGUGCCUCCAAUGAGGCACGCCAGAGGCUCAUCUCUCUUAUGUCUGGGGAGCUACAGAGGAAAAUUGGGCUCAAAGUACUGGAGAUGGGCGGAAAUGCAGUAGUUGGUUACUUGCAAUGCUUCGAUCUGGAGGGGGAGUCGGGCCUGGUGGUACGCGCCAUAGGUACCGCCUGCACACUGGAUAAACUAAGCUCUGGAAGCGCCCCCAACACCAACACACAUAUACACCCUAACACAGCUCCUGCUUCCAAUGCCUGCAAUUCCCCUUCUAAGGAUGGAAAGGAGCCAGUAUUUGGUGAGGAUCUGCCCUUGUCCUCUGGCCCACCUACCCCCUUCAGAGCCCUUCCCACCUCCUCCUCCUCUCCUCCCCCCUUCUCUCCCUGCAAGCCAUGCAGCCGCCAGUCCUCAUCAUCAGACACAGACCUCAGUUUGACGCCCAAGACGGAGGAACCCCGGCCAGUGAGACGCAGGUCUGGGAUCUUCCUCUGCCCCAGCUCCCCCAUCCUCUCCACAGAAACUUUGUCCCUUCCUGGUUCUGGCUCAGUGGGCUUUGGUCACAGCUCUGCCCCCAGAGCCACCACCCCGCCCCCUCCCUCCUCCAUCCAUUUAGACUCUGCCUUGCUGAGAAAGAGUGUGUCCUUCACAGAGAACCUGCUACUGGCAGCCUCCGGAAUGGGAAGUGGCGGCAGUGCUGGGAAGGAGGCGGGACCUCUGAAGACCCUGCUACGACAACAGACUCAGACGGCGCUUGAACAAAGGGGAGCGUCCUCCUCUGGGUUAUUGUUAAACGCCAGGGAGUUCCCCUUCUUCACCUUGACAUCCUUCCCUGCUGGAUUCUUGGUUCAUGUCGGUGGAGUGGUCAGCGCUCGCUCCGUCAAACUACUGGACCGCAUACACAAUCCCGCCUUGGGUAACACGCGCUCAUACAAACUGCUAGACUGGAAUAGUGUCACUGCAGAUGAGCCAGAGACUCGCGAUGCCUGGUGGGAGGAGAUUCGCCAGGAGAUCAAAUCUCAUGCCAAAGCUCUCGGUUGCCAUGCUGUUGUAGGGUACAGCGAGAGCACCAGCAUCUGCGAGGAGGUGUGUAUCCUGUCUGCAUCCGGCACAGCUGCUAUCCUGAAUCCUCGGUACAUGCGUGAAGGCUGCCUUGACAUCGGAAGCACUGAUCACAGGUUUGAGGAGCCGUCUCCCCCAAGCUGUGGCUUCUGUCACAUCCCAUACGACGAGUUCAACAUGCCAUUUCCUGCUCAGCUCACCUACUGUUACCACUGCAGACGACAAAAGGUUCCUGAUGUGUUAUUUACAACAAUCGACCUACCCCCAGAAGCGUCUGUCACAGGAAAGGGUUGCCUUAUCCAAGCAAGGCUGUGUCGUCUAAAGAAAAAGGCCCAGGGCGAGGUGAAUGCCACGGCUAUCUCCAACCUGUUGCCUUUCAUGGAGUACGAGCUGCACACUCAGCUAAUGAACAAGCUGAAGCUGCGGAGCAUGAAUGCUCUGUUCUGUCUACACAUACAGAUCAGUGUUGGCGAGAACAUGCUCCUGGGUCUGGCUUCUGCUACAGGAGUGUAUUUGACAGCCCUGCCCGCACCAGGGGGGAUUCAGAUUGCUGGAAAGACACCCGGGGACCUUAGCAAUGAGCACCACAUUCUCACCAUCCAGAAAAGGAUCAAUGACACCAUAGCGAAGAACAAAGAGCUCUACCAAAUAAACCCCCCGAAAUUAUUUGUCCUGGACCCUGAGGUAUUCGGCGUUAUAAACAUGGAGCUGACAGAGGAAACGGUGGGUUCUCCAAUCCCUGAGCCGAGGCAACGACAUCGACUUCUUCGCUCGCACUCAGAGAGCUCAGAUGAACUGUCAGAACUGGAUCUCUCCCAUGGCAAGAAGGAUGCCUUUGUGCUGGAGAUUGAUGACACUGAUGCUCUAGAGGACAUCCACUCUCUCCUCACCGAUGCCUCUCCUCCCACAGGAUUUUACAGCUGCAAUACUGAGAUCAUGCCUGGGAUUUUUAACUGGACUUCCGGAGUGCAGAUGUUUACAUCUGUGAGGGUCUUGAGGUUGAGUAAUGCUAAUCUCACUAACCAAGGGUUGAACAAGACUUUCACAGACCUUUGUGAAAAUCUUUUAAAGAGUUUUUACUUCAAGUUGCGCUCUAUGAUUCCCUGUUGUCUCUGUCAUCUCAAGUUCACUGUAGCAGUGCCAGAAGAAGAACUCAUACAGGUCACCGUGACAGCCGUUGCCAUGACAUUUGACAAGGACCAGAGUCAAGAGAAGCUGACAGAAAAGCCCACCACCAAGGGAUCCACUGAGACUGAAGAGCAGCUGCAGUUUCCGUUGGAGCUUAGCACAGACUUGUCCACCAACAUGCAGACAUCAAACAAAAUCUCAGGUACAGUCUCUUUACUCACUCCAGCUGCAAAACUCUACCAAAAUCAACUGAUUAUGGUUCAUUCAGCAGGUGUCCCAGAGAGCACCACUGUCUCACCUAGAGCUGCCUCCGUUGAUUACGGUUCCUUUGCAGACAGAUGCAGCACCUGGCUAGAGCUGCUUAAGAUGAAAGCUCACACCAUAAGACGAGGAUCAGUUAAGACAAGUAGGAGGACACAGUCUCUAGCACACCCUGUCUCAUCUUUGGACCGCAGCAGUCCGCUGCCUGAGGGGCGUUCGCGCUCAUUGCGCUCCAACCGCUCAUUUGGUGGCAGUUCGGUGCCAGUGGUGAAGAUGACUCCAGUUUCCUUCCUCCCUGGCACACGCAUCAUUAAGUACCUUGGGAUCAUCAACAUGUUUUUCAUAAGAGAAACAACAUCAUUACGGGAGGAGGGUGGUAUUAGUGGAUUCCUGCACUCAUUCAUAGCAGAGGUGUUUGCAAUGGUUCGAGCCCACGUAGCAGCUCUGGGUGGCAACGCAGUAGUGUCCUACAGCAUGAAGGAGUGUGUGUUAAUGGAGAAUCCAAACAAGAACCAGGCUCAGUGUCUUAUUAAUGUGAGCGGUGAUGCUGUCAUCUGCGUCAGGGAAACUGACCAGGAGCCUCCUUCAGUGGCAAACAUCGGGCAGACCUGUUGUAGUAGCGCCGAUGGGGCCACAUGACAUGAAAUGAGAGGCCUCAUUCACACGGCAGGACACAGUUUCUGAGUCAACACAUUCAAAUAUGGUUAAUUUAUGUCUGCCUUAAAACUCAGUGAAAGAGCCAAAGGUUUGGACACCGGUAAUAAACAGUGACUUCUCACACACUGGAAAAAAUAGUGUGUAAUAUUACAGGGGUGCAGAAUGUUCCUACAUUCUGUGUACAUUCUCUGGGAGGUGGUAAUAAUGUAGCUCUUUGAGAAUAAAAACUAGCAUCUGAGAGUAUUUCAAAAUUAAAAUCCGUCCACAUUGGAGUCACCCACUGUUAUAGUAUAUUGUUCAUCUCUUUAAGGCAGCUAUGAUUAUUGCGAUUAUCCACAGAUCACACAAGUCACAAACAUACAUGCCAAAAGGGACACAGUUGUACGUCAUCAAACUAUUUUAAAACCGUCACACUCUUCAUAAGGCUCUGCUGCCUGUAACAUGCAGAUAAGUUGCCAAUCUGUCCAGAUGACAACUGUGUCAGGCAAGACAACCUCAAAAUAGAACGUUCAGCCUGGAGUGGAACGUCUUGGAGCUAAAAGCCAAAAGACUUUGACAACCCUGUAGUGCAAUCUUCCAAUCCAGUUUAUUGUCUGAAAUAUUUUUUCAUUCUAAAUUAGAUUUUAUUAUGUCAGUGAGUACCCGUAGCCAGUGUCUACCACAGUAUUGUUAAUUGUAAUGCAAUAUUAUAAUUUUUAUUCCAGAGAGAGAGCAUCUAUAUAAAAACAUGCCAAGAUGACAGCAUUAUGUUUUUGUAGUGUGUUUCCUACUACAGCAGCCAUUAGCCUGUAUUCAAGUAACUACUUUAUAAAUUAGUUAUAAAUAAACUACUAUUUUUAGUUGGGGAAAAAAGUGGAAGAUGAUUUAAUAUGGACUGACAUACAGUCUUACUCACAACGUGGCCCUUUGGGGCAGCAGGGAUAGUUCUUGGGACACAGUCUUUGUGGUAAUUUUGACUGAACUAACAUGAAGCUGUGUAUUAAACUGUUGUGCCAGUUGAUCCAAUCUUUCCACUCUCAGUACUUAUUGCUGUGUGUCAGAUUCUACAUCCCUUUGCCAAGCCUCAUUGUUGUUUUGGCAAUAUAUUCUGCUACUGAAAUAUCCACUGCUGACAUUCAUUUCCUAUGCUGGAAGAAGGCAUCUUAGGGAGUAGAUGCCACGUCAAAGAAAACUGUAAAUGUUCUCUAAAAUCAGAUUUUAGUAUUUUUGUAAAAUAACAAAACUUCUCAUUUUGCUUGUGCAAUUCCUGGUGUUUGUACUCACUGUCAGAGACGUAGAGGUACGCUAAUCUGUUUGUGCGAUCAGCGGCGUUCGAUUAGUUACUUCCCUAUUUGUCUAAAACUUGAAUGUACAUACAUAGAUGCUUUUUGUUCUCUGACUAGCAGCAUGCAGCCCCACAUUUCAUUGCCAUUAAUCUGUACGCUUGCCUAAUAAGUCUUGCACAAUAAACUCAUUCAAAUCAA